GUGAGGGCGAAGAGGGAUUGGAACUCGGCCCCUUGGCGGGCGAAGGGCCUCGGCCAUGGCGUCCAUCGUGUCUCCGGCGCCCCUGGACCACGAGAACCAGAUUUUCUUGGACCUUUUCGAGCAGGACGGGCUGGUGGUCUGCGCCCGAGGGCUGGGCAUCGACCGCCUCCUCCUGCGCUUCCUCCGCCUCUACUGCGACCCGGCUUGCACCCUGUUUAUUCUGAUUUUUUUUCCCCUUUCACUCCAGGAAUAUUUUAUUGAACAGCUGAAGAUCGAUCAGGCGCCUCAUCUUCCAAGGCGGGUGACGAACGAGAUCCCAAGCAGUAGCCGUUACGAGGUUUACACGCAAGGAGGCGUCGUUUUUGCAACCAGCCGGAUCCUGGUGGUGGAUUUUUUGACAGACAGGAUCCCUUCAGAUCUUAUCACCGGCAUUUUGGUGUACAAAGCCCACCGAAUAAUUGAAUCUUGCCAGGAAGCUUUCAUCUUACGACUCUAUCGCCAGAAGAACAAGCAAGGGUUCAUCAAAGCCUUCACAGACAAUGCGGUUGCCUUCAGCACUGGCUUUUGUCAUGUGGAAAGAGUGAUGAGAAAUCUGUUUGUGAGGAAGCUUUACCUCUGGCCAAGGUUUCAUGCGGUAGUGCACUCCUUUUUGGAGCGACACAAGCCUGAAGUGGUUGAAAUGCAUGUCACCAUGAGCCCUGCCAUGUGUGCGAUCCAGAGUUCGAUCUUGGAUAUCCUGAAUGCCUGCCUUCGGGAACUGAAACUUUGUAAUCCGGCCUUGGAAGCAGAGGACUUGUCCCUGGAAAAUGCUAUUGGAAAGGCUUUUGACAAGACGAUUCGUCAUUAUUUAGACCCACUUUGGCACCAGCUUGGAGCAAAAACCAAAUCUUUGGUCCAAGAUUUGAAGGUCCUCCGUACUUUGCUGCAGUAUUUGACUCAGUAUGACUGUGUGACUUUCCUUAAUCUCUUGGAAUCCUUAAGAGCAUCAGAAAAAGCCUUUGGUCAGAACUCAGGUUGGCUUUUUCUCGAUUCGAGUGCAUCCAUGUUUCUACAUGCUCGAUCCAGGGUUUAUCGCCUUCCAGAUGACAAAGGAAAUAAGAACAGAAAGGCAACUGAAAAAACAAAUAUAAAGGAAGAAAAGGAGCAGAAAAGAGAGCUGGUCCUCGAAAGCAACCCGAAGUGGGAAGCCCUUGGGGAAGUCCUGAAGGAGAUGGAGAUGGAGAAUGCAAGCAGCGAGAGCCUGGGCGGGCCAGGACGAGUACUUAUCUGUGCCAGUGACGACCGCACUUGCGCCCAGCUCAAGGAGUAUAUUACUGUUGGAGCCAAAGCUUUUUUAACGAGGCUGUAUGACAAGACCUUUGGGAAGAACAAGGACCGUGAGGAAGCCUAUCCGAAAGAUCGGAAAGCGGCCAAGAGCCGGCGAGACAACGCCAGAGAAUCUCGGGCUAAGAAAUCCAAAACAGAAUAUUCCAAACCUAAGGAGAAGAAAAAGAAGCCGGCAUUGACCUUGACACAGAUGUUAAACAAAGGAGAGAUGGAAGACGUGGCAGGAGAGGAAGAAGACCCAGCAGAAUUAAGCAGUAGCCCCGGGAACAGCAGUGACGGAGCCCAAUCUGACAGCCUCGUUUUGCACAUGUCCUCCUCAGAUGCCUAUUAUGGGAUCUUAAAGGAACCACUCACUGUAGUCCAUCCACUGAAUGGUUGCAGCGACCCCUAUUCCCUCACGCGGGUCCUGCACGAAGUAGAACCAAGAUACGUUGUGCUUUAUGAUGCAGAGUUGACCUUUGUCCGUCAGCUGGAGAUUUAUAAGGCAAGCAGGCCUGGAAAACCUUUGAGGGUUUAUUUUCUUAUUUAUGGAGGUUCGACCGAAGAACAACGCUACCUUACCACUCUAAGGAAAGAAAAAGAAGCAUUUGAAAAACUCAUUCGUGAGAAGGCCGGCAUGGUGAUCCCCGAGGAAAGAGAAGGGAGAGAUGAAACCAACUUGGAUCUGGGAAAAGAUUCUGCACUGGUUACUGUUCCUACAGACACCCGCAAAGCAGGAGGCCAGGAACUGAAAGGUGUACAACAAGCCAUUGUGGUGGACAUGCGUGAAUUUCGCAGUGAACUUCCAUCUCUGAUUCAUCGUCGCGGCAUUGACAUUGAGCCUGUGACCUUGCAAGUGGGUGAUUACAUUCUUACGCCUGACAUUUGUGUGGAGCGGAAGAGCAUCAGCGAUCUUAUUGGCUCCCUCAAUAACGGGAGACUUUACUCACAGUGCGUCGCCAUGUCUCGUUAUUACAAGCGUCCAGUUCUCCUCAUAGAGUUCGACCCCAGUAAAUCCUUCUCUCUUGCUUCCCGGGCUUCUCUCCACCAGGAGAUCUCUAGCAACGAUGUGACUUCCAAACUCGCCCUUCUUACCCUCCAUUUCCCCCGCCUUCGGCUCCUGUGGUGCCCCUCUCCUUAUGCUACUGCCGAAUUGUUUGAAGAAUUGAAACGGAAACAGCCACAGCCUGACGCAGCGACAGCCCUGGCCGUCACUGCGGAUUCGGAGAUCCUCCCCGAAUCUGACAAAUACAACCCAGGCCCCCAAGACUUCCUAUUGAAACUGCCGGGUGUGAAUGCUAAAAACUGCCAGUCCAUAAUGAAUCACGUCAAGAGCAUUGCAGAGCUCAUCACCUUUUCUCGGGACAAACUGGCUGAAAUCUUGGGAAACGCUGCCGCUGCUAAGCAGCUUCAUGAAUUCUUGCAUUUACCCUUUGCAGAAGCUGUUUCUCAAGGGAAAACCAAGAGGUGAUGAACUACGUGAAAGCCUUUAAAGGAUAUCAUGUUGGCAUGUUUUGAUUAACUUCCAUUAUGUCUUAGGACCGAUGAGUGCAUUCAGAAAAGUUAUCUGCACAGGUCUUCUUGAAAUGGCCCUACUCUGGAAUGUGGUUGAAAGCGUUAACGUGUUUUAAUGUACUCCUAAAUCGGACACUCCCUGCACCCAGAGUUAGCACCCAGAGAAGGUCAGCUUUCACCUUGAUAUGUUAGCAUUCAACACGUAGGGAUUAAUUUAUUCAUAAUAUCAAGGAUUUGUCUCUGCCAUCUGUAUUCUCUUUUGCUAUCUUUUCUCUUGGGAUGUGACAGUUAGCUCUCGCUCUUACCUUCUCCUGGAGAGAAGAGGUAUGUCGUUACAUGAAUUAGACUAUGAUUCAUCUGACAGGUUGGGCAUACUGUGGAAAUAAAUUUAUUGCUGAUACUUUUUUUCACUCA